CGGUUUAAAAUGAGGAGGCGUCGGCGAAUUUUCGGAUCAAAGCGAGACCGGACAAACCAAUAAAUUCCGAGUUGAGACUGGAAAAUAAGACAUCUCAGGUGCCAGAAGGAAGAGAAGAGAGCUCAUUCAUCAGCAAAGGCAAAGCUCACCCAAGAAUGUAUCUGCUCAGUACUUCCACAUUGGUGCAUCGUGUACCUGUUUAUGGAAAAUGCAUCAUCUCGAACAGUUUGAACAGGACAAAACAAAUUGCCGACUGUUGCCAUUUUGUGUCCAGGACAUUCACAAGAAGAGCAGCAGUGACUCCCCAUUCGUCUUUCACAUCAGCAAGGAUCUAUGGUAGUUUUGGGAUUUUUCCCAGGACUAACCAGUAUUGCAGGUCGAUACUGAGAUCGUUAAGAUGCAGCACCCUUGCCAGUACUACCAGGAGAAGUUUUCACUCUUCGUUAUUCAGGAGAAAUGGAUUCAAGAAAUCCGCGGAAGACUUGCCCAGGAACGAUGCCAUCCCUAGCGUGAAAGUUCCAAAGAAAUCAGAGAUCUGGAGGUUGCUGCGCUUAGCAGAACCUGAGAAAUAUCGACUUGCAGUUGCCAUUGGACUCCUACUCAUAUCCAGUACUGUCACCAUAGCAGUGCCUUUCGCUCUCGGAAAAGUAAUAGACACGAUCUACGACACGUCUACCAAAGAGGGCGGCAGAGAUGAAAUGAUGCAGAGAUUGACCAAGUUAUGCACGGUAUUAGCGGGGGUCUUCCUGGUGGGCGCGGCUGCCAAUUUUGGGCGUGUCUACAUCAUGCAAACAUCAGGUCAAAGAAUCAUCCGACAACUGAGACAAAUGCUCUUCAAGUCCGUCGUAGCUCAGGAAAUUGGUUUCUUUGACAAGACGUCGACAGGAGAACUCAUCAACAGACUGUCCACUGAUACAUCCAAGAUUGGUCAGUCUCUAACGUCCAACAUCUCAGAUGGUCUAAGGUCAAUGGUGCAGGUCAUUGGGGGCUUCGGCAUGAUGUUCUUCUCAUCAGCUCAGCUAGCCACUGUAGUUUUGUCUAUAGUACCUCCAUUCUCAGUGGUUGCCAUUAUGUAUGGGAGGUACGUACGCUCACUGUCCAGAAAGGUCCAAGACUCGUUAGCAAAUGCUACCCAGGUAGCAGAGGAGAGAAUUAGCAGCAUCCGAACUGUGAGGGCGUUCUCCCAUGAGAGACGAGAGGAGACUGCAUACAGCGACAAAGUAGAAGGUGUAUUUCAACUCACUAAGAAAGAGGCUUUUGCCAGUGGAUUGUUCUUUGGUGCAAUGGGUUUAUCUGGUAACCUAAUCAUCAUGACGGUUCUCUAUAAUGGUGGUCUGAUGAUGACAGAGUCACAGAUUACCGUAGGUGAUCUCUCGGCAUUCCUGCUCUAUGCUGCUUAUGUGGGCAUAUCAAUAGGAGGAUUGAGUAACUUCUAUGCUGAGCUGAUGAAAGGGAUUGGAGCCAGCACCAGACUAUGGGAGCUUGUUGAUAGGAAACCUGCAAUACCACUCUCAAGUGGCCUUAGAUUGGACACAACUCAACUCAGAGGAGCAAUAGACUUUCACAAUAUACAGUUUUCCUAUCCGAUGCGUGCUGAUGUGCCUAUCUUCAAAGAUCUGAGUUUGUCUGUUGAGGCGGGUUCAGUGAUGGCUGUUGUGGGGGCCAGUGGAUCAGGGAAAUCUAGCCUUGGUUCUCUCCUACUAAGAUAUUAUGACCCUAGUGCAGGAUCUAUUACGUUAGAUGGAAAGGACACCACCUCAUUGAGCCCUGAAUGGCUGAGACAUCAAAUUGGGACUGUUAGUCAGGAGCCGACGCUCUUCUCAUGCAGCAUCAAGGAGAACAUAGCCUAUGGAGCCAUCGAUCCUGAUAAUGUUUCUAUGACGAUGAUAGAAGAGGCAGCUAGGACAGCCAACGCUCAUUACUUCAUCAAGUCUUUCCCAAAUGAGUAUGACACGGUUGUAGGAGAGAGGGGCCUCAUGCUCUCAGGUGGUCAAAGACAGAGAAUAGCCUUGGCUCGAGCAGUCUUGAAGAAUCCAAAGAUUUUACUCCUUGAUGAAGCUACAAGUGCCUUGGAUGCUGAGAGUGAGUACUUGGUCCAAGAAGCCCUGGAGAGAUUGAUGGUAGGAAGGACAGCCAUCACCAUCGCCCAUCGCUUGUCAACCAUCAAGAAUGCAGACAUGAUUGCAGUCCUGGACUCUGGUCGGAUAGCAGAGACGGGUACCUAUGAGGAGCUGAUGAGGAUACCGGAGGGGAUGUUUAAGAAACUGGUGGAGAGGCAGACUGUCAUGAAUUGAUGCAAUCCUGGCCAGGUUUGGAUAGCAGAGACGGGAAACUAUGAGGAGCUGAUGAGGAUACCGAAGGGGAUGUUUAGGAAACUGGUGGAGAGGCAGACUGUCAUGAACUGAUGCGGCCCUUGAUGAGGAUUGGAGAGCGUGCAGAGACGGGUACCUAUGAGGAGCUGAUGAGGAUACUGGAAGGUAUGUAUAGGAAAGUGAUGGAGAGGCAACUGAAGUCCUAGACCAGAGAUUGAUAGCUUAGAUGUGCACCUACCUGUGAGGGGUUGAUGAGGAUCCCAGAGGAAGUAUUUAGAAUGCUGGUGGAGAGGUAGACAAUCAUGAACUGAUGUGGUGAUGGACUAGAGACAUAUGGCAGAGAGGAGCCCCUAGCUACAAGGAUGUAAUGAGUACAUUGGAGGGAAAACUACUAAAAUUAUAUAUUAGGUAUAUGAUCUGAAAGGUAAUAAUAGCCAAGUGGUGUGUUGCAAGAUUAUGGCAAUAGAACAAAAGUUGGCAACAAACAAUGACAGUGAUUUGUUUAAAUCAUGCAUUUGAAGAUCAUUGAUUUGAAUCAAAUCCUUAAAAUACUUUUUGUUUAAAAUGCUUUUCACCAACUCAGUGACAGCCUUGAAAGAAAAUGAUUUUAAGCUGAUGAAGUAAACUUGGUUUAUGAAAUAGUGCAGAGGAUAGAGGUAAAGAGAUAUAAUAAUAACAGUACUUAUUUCUCAGACAUAAUGCUCUGGGAUGGUAGGAGAUAGUGAGAAUUUAUCAUGUACUUGUUGGAAUAGAUUUUUGUAUUUGUUUUAUAUGGAAUUUAGCAAAGAUAGUUUCUCAUUAUUGUGAUAAGCGGAGGAUUGACCAGAUGUCAAUAUAUAUAGAAUUAUAUUCAUUUCAUUAAACUAAAGCAGUGAAUGUAGUCAAAUCUGAUUCUAAAGGCCACUUGAAGAAACGAUCAAAUUUGACAUUGUAGACAGGUUCUACAGCAAAAAUGUCCUUGCAAGGCAGAUGAGAAUCGCAAUAAAAUAGAUUUAUCAUGUAGAGGAAAAUAUCUAUAUAGCAAAGAUAGAGUUUAAUAUACAGUUAAGACUUGUGUAAACAAGUGUAGGUGAUGAAAUAGGGUGUUUAGGAUAAACAAAUAGUCAGAUGGAACUAAAGAAGAUAUAUUGGAUUUAUAUCAAAUAAAAAAAAAUAAUGCAGGAUGUAGAUAAGGAUAUUAGGCAUUGUAGCAUAAGAAAUGCGAUAUAGGAUAUAGAAAGGUGCGUGAUUAUGUAUUGUUUUUCUGAAGGACAACAUUUAUGUAUAUUGUCAUGCAACUCAUUUUCUGAAAUUUAUUUCAUGUAUUUUUUGUUAAUGUUGUAAUUGGCAAUCCUGUUAAAUGAAAGAAUGAGACAUUGCUUGUUUAAAACAAAACAGUUACCUCAAUAUGUAGUGAUGGAAAGUUGAAUAUAUUCAAAUAGGUUCAAAUUAAUAUGGUCUGAUAAUGGUCCGAUCCUUUUAUAAAUUGGUCCAUGCAUUUUUAUGAUAGAUAAUGAAGUUAAAAGAAUUUGAUUUUCCAAAUUGGUCCAAUCAUACCUUGAGUUAGUCCAUGCAUCAUAUGGCACCUUCUAGAGGAAAAAGCAAUUCAUAUUGUAAACUUGGUCCAAUGAUGCUAUGGAAGUACGUCAUAUGAGGCCUACUUAUAAUUUUGUGGAAGAAAUCAGUACAAUUAAAGAAAAAGGUACUAUUCAUGUCAUGAUUGAUUGAUAGGAUAAAGAUUUUGGUUUUGCCCUUGAAUGUGACACAUGCCACAUAGGCAACAUGGAAAUGAAAAUCCUGCCUUUCGAAACAAAAAUUCUAUUAUAAUUCUACAUGUGUUAGCCCAUUUGUUGGAACGUAGGGGUGUCCAAACACUAUAUUUUGUUGUAUAUAUGUAGGGGAAUUCAUUUUUUUGAUCUUGAUAAUUUUGAAUUAUUUAUCUACUGUUAUACAAGUUCUGAUAAUAGUUGGGUUAGAUUACAAUAUCAACCUUUUUUUUCUUGAGUUGCAAUAAUUGGAUUGAGCUUUUAACGUGUUAAAAGGUAUACAAAUUGAUCAAUAUGUGGGAUUUGAACUGCAAAUUUAUUUACAAAGCAAUUUGCAAUAAUUAUCUUUUUUUUAUGAAAUCAAAA